AUGAGAGAAAAGGUCUCUAAGGAGGUGUUCGGGUGUCCAUAUCUGGAGGAAAAGGAUCUGGAAACAAUCAUUAAUGAAUGCGACACCAACCACAAACGUUGGGCAAAUGUUCUCGAACAGGGGAUGAAGUCUUAUCGUAAGAGCCUGGGCAGGGCUGUGGCGGGCGAUAUCGACAAGAUCAUGGAUAACCUCGUCUCUUCGGAUAGAGAUAUAAAUAAAGUUACCGCAAAGGUCGAUGCGGCGCUGGGAUUGGCCGCUGAGUUGAACACAGCGCCGAUCACGGUGCCGGCGGAAUCGCAGAAUGAUGACUUUUUCUGCACCAAUUCCACCGGCGUCUCAGAAUUGGGGCAGUCAAUUGAUGGGUUGAGGCUCAGCCUGGGAUGUUUGAACACGGGAAGAACCGCAUCCGAACGAAGUCUUUCCUUUUUCCCGAGGGGAACAAGCUGUUGGAGCGAUUGA